ACGUCUAUGGGAUGGAUGGGUCCACCAAGAAAGGAAGGAGGCCUUCGAAUUCAACAGGAGCAAACAACCUACAGCCCAAUCCGUGCCGCGGCUACAUACUAAAUUUCACUUUCAACUUCAUUCAGAAUGCCUCGGAAACCCAAGUUCAUUCCAGGGCCUUCUCGCCUCUCUGUCAUACUGAAGGAACUGAAUGAAGAACCAAGGUUAUCCUUGACCGGUCUGCGAGGGAUAAGCUUGAAGCUGGCCGCAAGAAAUGAUCAUUUCGGAGCACGCCAUUUUGUUAAGGAAGAGCUCAGACGCAUACGCUAUGCCAACCCACAACUCAACGUGGAGGUCAACAAACUUCUAAAACCUUUACAAGAUAAUUGGACACCUGAGAUGGUCGUCGAGUUCGAGGACGGAGCCAAGACCACGAUCGACAUCUCAAAUAAAUGGUCCACAUCCAUUACCAAGGAACUAAUGGACCUUGCUGGCGGUGAUCGAUGGAAAGAGUACAAGGCUACUGCUCAAGCUGCUGGUCUGCCCAUUCUUCCCGGCGAGGAGAAGGAACGCUUAGCAGCUGCCAAGAAACGGACACCGAAAUUGAGCACGCGUAGCCCAGAGAAUCUGGAAGCCAUGGUGGAAAAUAUGUUAUCAUCACCUGAGCGCCCAAAGACUGGAGCCGCUGCCAUACUACCCUAGCCUCAUGAUACUUUCUCACAUCAACUAUUAGACACAUGCAUGUGAUGAUCCUAAACUCAUCAUACUGGCAGAAUUUACAGAGGGUGAACCGAUCAUCCAGCGAACCAUCCAGCGAUCAACACAACCAUCCCAAUUCCAAAUACAACCGCCGACAGA